UCUUUGGUCCUUCAAUUCCCUGGCUCCAGAGGCGGUGGCUCUGGGAGCCCUAGUGAGUCCACACCAUGGCCACCUACUGGCAGGGCCUGUGGGCCUAUCGCUCUUACCUGCUUGUGGUCAGCCUGCCCAUUCUUCUGCUGCCUCUGCCCAUUCUUGUCCCCACCAAGGAAGCCUACUGCGCCUACGCCAUCAUUCUCAUGGCGCUCUUCUGGUGCACCGAGGCUGUGCCCAUUGCUGUCACUGCCUUCUUGCCCCUCAUCCUGUAUCCCAUGAUGGGCAUCAUGGAGGCCUCUGAGGUCAGCGUUGAGUACCUGACGGACACCAAUAUCCUGUUCUUCGGGGGGCUGCUGGUGGCUGUCACCAUCGAGCACUGGAACCUGCACAAGCGCAUCGCCCUCUGUGUGCUCCUCCUCAUCGGGGUGCGGCCUGCCCUGCUGAUCCUGGGCUUCAUGAUAGUCACGGCCUUCCUGUCCAUGUGGAUCAGCAACACGGCCACCUCAGCCAUGAUGGUGCCCAUCGCACAUGCCGUCCUGGAGCAGCUGCACAACACGCACAUGGGCAAGGACAUCGAGGAGGGCAGCCACAAUCCCACCUUUGAGCUCCAGGAACCAAGUCCCCAGAAGGAAAUGACCGAGCUUGAUAACGGGGAGGCCCUCCCUGUCUCACCUGCUGCUUCAAAGCUGAAGACACAUCAGAGCAAUAAGCAGCGCCUCAUGACCCAGGGCUUGAGCCUGUCCGUGUGCUACUCAGCCAGUAUUGGAGGCAUCGCCACACUGACCGGCACCGCGCCCAACCUGGUGCUGCAAGGCCAAGUCAACUUGCUCUUCCCCCAAAAUGGCAACGUGGUGAACUUUGCCACCUGGUUCAGCUUUGCCUUCCCCACCAUGGUCAUCUUGCUGCUGCUGUCCUGGCUGUGGCUGCAGGUCCUCUUCCUGGGCUUCAACUUCCGGAAGAACUUUGGCAUUGGGGAACAGGCAAAGGAGCAACAGCAGGCAGCCCUCCACAUCAUCCAGACAGAGCACAAGCUGCUGGGCCCCAUGACCUUUGCAGAAAAGGCCAUCACUGUCCUUUUUGUCAUCCUGGUGGUGCUUUGGUUCACCCGGGAGCCGGGCUUUUUCCCUGGCUGGGGCGAGCUGGCCUUUCCCAAUGCCGAUGGGAGCAGCAUGGUGUCUGAUGGGACAGUGGCCAUGUUCAUCGGCUUGCUUAUGUUCUUCAUACCCUCCAGUAUCCCAGGGCUGACCCAGGACCCAGAAAACCCAAGGAAGCUGAAGGGCCCUCCUGCCCUCCUCAGCUGGAAGACAGUGAACGAGAGGAUGCCCUGGAAUAUCGUGUUCUUGCUGGGUGGUGGCUUUGCCCUGGCCAAGGGCAGUGAGCAAUCGGGCCUAUCAGCCUGGCUGGGGGACAAACUGAUCCAACUGGAGAAUGUGCCACCUUCUGCCAUUGCCUUCAUCCUCUGCCUCCUGAUUGCCAUCUUCACUGAGUUCAUGAGCAACCUGGCCACCACCACACUCUUCCUGCCCAUCCUGGCCUCCAUGGCCCAGGCCAUCUGCGUCCAUCCUCUGUAUGUCAUGAUCCCCUGCACUCUGGCCUCCUCCCUGGCCUUCAUGCUGCCUGUGGCCACCACACCCAACGUCAUCGUCUUCUCUUUUGGGGGCCUCAAAGUGCUUGAUAUGGUCCGGGCUGGAUUCAUGCUCAACAUCAUCGGGGUGCUGGUCAUCACACUGGCCAUCAACAGCUGGAGCGUCCCCAUCUUCAACCUGCACACCUUCCCCACCUGGGCCCACUCCAACACCUCAACCCACUGCCUGGCCAGCCAGGCCAACUCCACCAUGCCUAGGCCCUAGGCCAGGUACAGGCUGGCCAAGCCCAGGAAGAGCCAAUCCCGCUCCUGCUGCUCUGCGAGAACGACACAUGUGUACAUAAUGUCGUGUGUCUGUAAGGAAGGUGUGUGCUCAGUUUCCUGUGUGUUGGAGGAAAGUGUGUGUGUGUGUGUGUGUGUGUGUGUGUGUACGUACGUGAGGAUGGUGUUUGCUGAGAUGCCUGAGGUGGUUGCUUGCGUGCACCUGAUCCCAGCUGCGUAUGCUUGACAGUGCCCUUGUGUGGUUGACAAACAGUACAACAUGCCCUCUUUGGCACGCCAGGUCUUUGUCCCCCCAGCUUAGAGACCAGACCCCUUUACACUAUAUUUAUUAAAACUCAGAGCUGGAGGGCCUACCAGUAGCUGCCAUGGGAACAGCCUCUGGGACUGGCCUAGCAUACUGAGGUCUCCCCACCCUCUCAGGGUUUGCGGGAAGAUUCAAAUAUUAGCCACAUUAAAGUCUUUCAGUAGA